AUGGUUGAAGAAGUAGUUUCUGCUAGAGAAAUUGAUUCACUAUUGAGAGCAAUUAAAGAUGUCUGUAACAAAGAGGAUAGGGAUCAAAACAUAAGAUACUUUUUUGUUCAGGAGCUAUGUAAAACACAUGGUGAGUCGGCGUUUCAUGACAUUGUAACAAAAAGUAAAUUAAAGGCAUCCCAGCUUCCCCUUUCCUGGCUAGAUGUUGGUAUAAAAAGGGAAAGAAACACCCCUGAUUGUUAUAUUGUGACUGUGACAAAGUACAAAGAUAUAAAGGAAGCCCUGCAAGCAGACCUUAUGCCUGAUCAGAGUGAAAAGAAAACCUUGGAGAAUGUCAGCAAGUUACUAGAUGUACAUAAUGCGACUGAUUUUAUUUGUUUUGGACUUUCUUUAUACAGACUAGUAACAUUUUCACAUCUGCAUUCAGAUUCGAUUGGAAGUCUAUCUGAACAGGUACUUGGAAGUUUGGAAGCUAGAAUAGACAAGACUGUGCAUUUGAAAAAGAAGGAUAAGACAAUAUCUGAGCUGCUAAAAAACAUAUCAAACAACAAGAUUGCAGAUUACAUAAAAAUUCGACCAGGAGAUGAUAUGCAGGAACAGAACACAAAAUGCUUGCUGAUGCAUGUAUUCUUAACUUUUUAUCUUUUACCACAUGGAGACAGUCUUCCCAAACCACUUAUUGACAUUGCACAAUGUAAUGUCCCCUUACCUAUUUAUCUUCCAACGAUGCCUGGUGAGAUCUCUAUUCGUGGUGAACUCAAAAAAAUUAGGGAAACCAAUUCGACUACAGCAGAAGCAUACAGUAAAUAUGAAUUGCUAUAA